AUUACAGAUGCAUAUAAGGUUAUAUUCCUCUACAUUCCGGUGGAUGUUUAUUUGAAAUGUAGAUUUGCUUGUUAAUGAUGUAUUAUUUGGGAUAUAUACUUUUUGGCUUAUGUGUAACACGUGCUGACAGCACAGAUCCAGAUCCAGCAAAAUACUCGCCAAAUGAGCUGAAAAAGAAUUCGUUUGCGUGCGAGCACAGAUCCGUGAAUCUGCAGUGCCAGGAGGGUCUUAUCCGUGUGCUGUUCGCAAACUAUGGAAGAGCCAACCUGUACGUCUGCGGGAUGAAUGAUAUUGCCAGGGGCUGGAGCGUCAAUUGUAGCGCCAAUGACUCCAUACGCAUAGUUUCGGAAAGGUGCGAUCAUAAACGAUCAUGUGAUGUAAUCGCCUCAAAUGCCAUAUUUGGUGAACCUUGCCCAUCCACCGAUAAAUAUCUGGAGAUUGCAUAUUUCUGUUAUGAUGAUAAAUCAGCUAGAUGUGCUAAACCUGAAGGCGAUUUAGUCAAUAUCGAAAAGCAGUUCUAUGAUGACGGUGAGACCAUCAGUAUAACCAAUAGAAACUGUGAAGCUGGAUACCAUCCGAGUUCCGGUGACAUAACACUUGCCUGCAAAAGUGGACAAUGGUCGAAGGAAAUUAGCUGUGUGCCAGAUCCAGCAAAAUACCCGCUCACGCAGAAAACCAAAACGUUUGCGUGCGAGAACCGCUCGGCGAUCCUGCAUUGCAAGGAGAGUCUUAUCCGUGUGCUGUUCGCAAACUAUGGUAGAGCCAACUUGUACGUCUGUGGGAUGAAUGACAUUAACAGCAGGUGGAGCGUAAAUUGUAGCGCCAAUGACUCUAUGCGCAUUGUUUCGGAAAGGUGCGAUCAUAAACGAUCAUGUGAUGUAAACGCCUCAAAUGCCAUAUUUGGUGACCCUUGCUGGUUAACCCGAAAAUAUAUGGAGAUUGAAUAUUUAUGUUAUCAUGACAAAACACUUCUCCAAUGCGAAUCUGAUAUUGACUUCAAUAACGAAACUUGGCGGAUAGUUGCUGCAGGGUUUGUUGAAACCCACAACUGCUCAAACGGAUACAAGGGUAUAGUGACGAGGAAGUGUAAUGCAAAGGGGAUUUAUGAACAGCCAGUAUACAACUGCACAAAAGAGGCAAUACACGAUUUAUUGAAAAUGAUAAAAAUCACUACCGUUGCCGAAACAAUUGAAGGUUUGCGGACGGCAAUGCGGGCCAGCCCAGAUAAUGACAACACGACGGCUGAACAUCAGAAUAUACAUGUUGGUGAUAUCGAAGCGGCAACACAGAUUAUUCAGUUCAUUGUAAAUUAUAUCGAAAUUAAUACCUCCACGAUUGAAAAUGUGACGGAUUCAUUUGUUGAUGUGGUGGAUAACCUCAUAAGCGAGAGAGCCACUCAAUCGUGGGGCGCCCUUAUGGACAAGGGCGGUUCAGCAGCAGUGAUCAACGUAUUAGAUGAGUUUAUAUUUAAAGUUGCCAACAACAUAUCUGUGACGCAACAAAACCUGACCGUUGCAAAAGAAAACAUUCUUAUUGAAAUAGGCACUGUGGAUGAAUGUUCAAUGAUCAAGUUUCCGGAUACUGAGAAGAAUGGAAACCUUCCAUCUUGGACAAGCAAUCGACGCACCAGCAUUGAAGUUAUUUGUAGCGAAAGUGGCAGCCUAACAUUUAGUGGUUCUCUCUUUAGAAAUUUGUCUUCCAUAAUGUCAACAAGAAAUGAAAACGCCACGCACGUGGAGAUCAAUGCCCCGGUACUUGCUUUUACUAUCCACAAGUCCAGGAAAGAAAGUUCUGAACGGCUAGAUAUGACCUUAGUCUUCCAGCUAUUUAAGACUGGCUUAGAGAAGCCAUCUUGCUCUUUCUGGAAGAUGGGCAAUUCUAGUGAUCAAGGAUUCUGGUCUAGCGACGGAUGCAAAAUGGUAGAAUAUAACCAACAGUCAGGACGUGUGACAUGCUCAUGCAAUCAUCUCACAAGCUUUGCUGUCCUGAUGAGUCCAGCGACAAUCAUUGACAUGAUCCACCAUCAGGCUCUUAGUGCAAUAACAGUAGUGGGUUGCAGUUUGUCUCUCGGUGGUCUAUUUACAACUGCUGUCAUUUACGCUUGUUUCUGGAGGAUGGUUAAGUCAAACAGAGCAAUCUUGCUGUUAAACCUGUGUGGAGCACUAUUCUUUGCGUAUCUAGCGUUCCUCAUUGGAAUUAAACGUACUCAACCGAUGGGCGCUUGUACAUUCACUGCGGUAUUGCUUCACUACGUGUAUCUCGUGGCCUUUUUCUUGAUGCUGGCUGAGGGAGGCGAUAUUGCGUUGAUGGUUAUGAGGCCGCUUGCAAAGUGGAAUGUUAUCCCUUACUUCUUGGCUGGAGCAUAUGGUAUUCCAGCCAUAAUUGUUGGUAUUUCCAUGGGCGCGACACAGUUAGAUGGUUAUGGCAAUGAAAGAUUCUGUUGGUUGACGGUGGAGUCAGGUCUGUUUUGGGCAUUUGCAGGACCAGUUCUUGCCAUAGUCAUGGCAAACCUGAUAUUCUUGGUACUCGUGUUGAAAAAAUUGUUCGGAGUUUCAGCCAUGUCAAAGAAAACAGACGCUGAGAAAAUCAAGGCCGGUGUGCGGAGUGUUUUUAUUCUACUUCCCGUGCUGGGCCUCACCUGGGUGCUAGGUAUUUUUGCAGUCAACAAGGACACGCUCGUCUUCCAGUACUUAUUCGCCAUCUUCAACAGUGUGCAGGGGUUCCUCAUCUUUUUGGUGCAGUGUGUGUUUGAUAAGAAAGUACGCGACGCUCUCCGACAGAUCAAGGUCACAUGGUUCACGACUUCAGACGUUCGUACCGGGGACACAAACGUGGAUUCCACGCAGAAGUCGGCAUCUCGCAAUAUCAUUGCGUCGAGAUAGAAACCAAACAGUCAUCAAAUUGUCGGAAUACAGGACGACUAUGUGUAGGCGACUAGUUUAGAUGACUAUGUGUUUAAAUCGUUUUAUCAUUGCGAACUUUAUUUAUCUUCAAGCAAUAUCGUAUGUAUGAUGUGUAUUAUUGAGGGUUAUAUAUAACGCGUUUGAAAUCUACAUUGCACGAUGACAACGAUGGCAUUGUGUCUACAGGGCCGGAUUAAGCUUUUGGGGCCCAAGGCAGCACAUGUUACGCGGCCCCUUCCUUCUGGUCCCCUUCUGUAUAUUGAAAAUCAUACUUGAUAUUACAACUACAAAGAUCAGAAAACUUGCAUUUGUACACAUUUUACAGGUACACUAUAUAUAUAUAUAGCAAAACAAGUUUAACAAUAUAUACAUAUUUUAUGAAUUGAACUUAACGCACAUGAUACAUGUAACGGAUUCAAGCCUAUAAGUCUCUUCUACAACACUUCAGCAGGCCAAAGUCAUCGAUCAGCUGUGUGAAUUCUAGUUCUCGGAGGACUUAACAUUCAAUAGACAGUAGGCCUAAUGCUGUCAAAAUUUCCUGACUCGUUGUGUUCCUCAGAUAGUUUUCCACGCGUGAUUAUAUUGAAAUUAACCUCUCCCCUUGACAGUUGUUACCUGGCAUUGUUAAGUAUGUUCGUACAGCGAUGGCAACGUUUGGGAAAGUUGUAUGUAAUUGACCUCCAUCUAAUUUCAUCAGAUCACUCAUUUGGGUGAUGAUUCUGUCUUGGUCCGCUUCUAAGAUGGCUUUGAACUGAACGAGCUCGUCAACAAAAGACGCCGCAAUGUCAUCUGGAUAAGCCUUCACUUGACUUUAAGGAAUGGUACGUGAACAAAAUUGUGCAUCUUAUAAACUUAUGGUAAAUUGAGCUUGAAAACCGUGACACGGUUUUAACAACAUACUUAAGCCAGUAUUUGGCUCUUCUACCAUUGGACAUACAUCAGAGGCACGAUAACAGAAAGAAGAAGCGUUUUGCUACAUAUCUUAAGAGGCCCGCCACUGGUGCAUCCAGAUAGCACAGUAAAUCAAAGCGAACUUAACGGUCCAGAUGUUGUCAUGACCAUAUGGGAAAGUCGUAUAAUAAACAUAGAAACAAAUGGUUCUUAAUGUAUAUACAACACAGACAGAACAUUUAUAGCACAGUAAAUCAAAGCGAACGACACAGUAACCAUUGGCUAUACAUCGGGAAACUGGUAAAAUUACACAAAAAAUUUUUUCUGCAAUCCCGAUGGAGUCGUCAAAUGGCGUAAUAAAUAAAGAUCAUAAUUUUGGAAACUGGCCUACGAUUGGCCAAACUGAAACCUUGUCAGCCUAGGGCUUAAUCCGGCACUGUGUGUCUACAUAGAAACAAAGCAAACAUCUUUAAAUGUAUGACAGCAGAAAAACUUCAAGUCGUAAUAUAGAUAUUUUAAUACGCUUUUAUAUAAUCAUUGUGCAUUAUUUGCAACUGCAUGGACAUUUGCAUUUUAAGGCUUAUCAAAAUAUAAUUUGGCUUUGAUUGAUACAUUAUUUCCUAGGACGCUCGACAUGACAACACACGCUGUAUACAACUUUGUAUGAUAACAAUCAUAACAAAGUUGUCCUGUUAAUGCUGCGAUAGAUUUGCAAACCUGUCUUCCAGUAGAUUAUUACGAUAGGCGUGUAUCUAGAAUAAAAAUGCUGAUUUUUUAUACAUUGGAUACGUUUUAGCGCUAGCCAUUGGAACGUUAAUGUCUAUAUAAUGUAUUUGAUAUUUUAUUAUUCCUUAUAAAUUACAUAAAAUAUAAUGUUUUCUUAUUUAAUGUAUUUACUUUUAAUAUUGUCUGAUAUAGUUUUGCAUGAAUAGUAUUGUUCUU